AUGACAAGAUGUUGUGCGCAUAUUCUUAAUCUUGUUGUUAAAGACGGGCUUUCGGAAAUUGCUUCCGUUAUUGGAGAAGUCCGUGAAGCUGUAAAAUAUAUCAACCAUUCAGAGGCAAGACGUCAGUCAUUUUCAGAAGUUGCGGAUAAACAAAAUAUGAAGGAUGGAAGAUUAUUGAUCGAUUGUCCAACUAGGUGGAACUCCAUGUAUGAAAUGUUGUCCCUUGCUCUUAAGUUUAAAGAUGUUAUUCCAGAAUAUGCUCUCAAUGAGACUCACUUCAAGCAUGUGCCUAGCUAUCAAGAUUGGGAAAACGUAGAGAAAGUUUGUAAAAUUCUGAAAGUUUUUAAGAUGUGCACCAAUAUCAUAUCAGGAAGUCAUUAUCCUACUGCUAAUUUGUACCUAAUAGAGGUGUAUAAAGUCAAGGAAACAUUAGAUGAAGCUUCAGAGUCUGAAGAUGAUUUUAUUCGUAAAAUGGUGAAAAAAAUGAAAGAAAAAUUCGACAAGUAUUGGGGUGAGUGUCAUCUGCUUAUGGCAAUAGCUUCUGUCCUCGAUCCUAGGUUCAAAAAAUGGUUGAUUGGACAAGCCUAUCCAAUAUUAUAUACACCAGUCGAAGCUGCCAACAACAUUAAGUCAGUGGAGGACGCACUUGAUCGUAUGUAUAAAGAGUAUUUGGAGGCACAUGAUGCAUUAGUUAGGGAAGCUGCAAGACGAGGAAGUGAAUUUUCUGGAGGGGGCACAACUACAAAGUCCAAUGAAAACACCUCACAUGGAUCAGGAUGGGAUGCAUAUAUGCAGUUUGUUAAAAAUGUGGACAUGGAAAAACCACGUGAGUCUGAGCUUAAGAUGUACUACGAUGAAGGUAUAUACAAAGUGCAAGGAGGAAUGGAGACAUUUAGUGCAUUGGAUUGGUGGAACGUUCACAAGUUUAAGUAUCCUGUUUUGUCGAAGAUGGCUACCGAUGUUCUUGCUGUACCAGUUUCUACAGUUGCAUCUGAGGCAACAUUUAGUGCCGGAGGCAGAGUUAUUGACCCUUAUCGGUCUAAUUUGGCUCCUGAAACAGUAGAGAUGCUUAUUUGUGGAGGCGAUUGGAUUAGGCAACAUUACGGAUUAAAAAGUAAAACGAAGGUAUGCUUUGAGAGCUUGAAAAAUCUGUGA